CUACUUGUGUUCAUAUAUGAUUUCAUUGUUUUGUUGGAAUAAAUAUUGUGUCCUGCGAUAUUGACAAAUAUAAUUACAUAGAGAGCCUCUGUCCUAAUUAAGUUUCAGUUAAAUGUAUUUUAAACAGAUUUUAGAGCAUUCUCUGUUGACGUAAAUUUUGCCCAUCCAAAAAUGAGAUUCGACUUCCGGAAACAGAAUUUUUAUUUUUUCUUAAAUUUGUUUUGAUUUUUCUUUUCUACAGUAUGUCUCAAGUCACAUUCUACCCAAAUGUAGAUUCCUUAUAGAUAUAUAAAACUAUAGUCGUUACUCGGAACAAAUGGCUGGCAGAUUGGACGUUGUGAAAGCUGGGACUGUUCAGGUUAAUUUUGUGUGUCAAAAAUGUUGUCAGCCUCUAAAAUUGGACCAGUCAUUCAAAAGUUUAGAUGCAACACUCAUCACAGAACUGUCUGCUCCCCUAACCAGCAGUAAUACUUCUGAUGGCACAUUGCUGGACCUAAUAACAGCCUCUCCGGUCGGUGUAUCGGGUGGUAGUGAUGCUCAAGCAAGCAAGAAGUACAUCCCUCCAAUGAGGCUUGUGUCGCAGUCUGACAGUAACAAUGACUUCACACUCCUGGGUGACUCACAAGCAGGGAACAUGGAGAACCUAAGCCACCAGUUGAAAGUCACCAGUAACUUGUUUGACAUCAUGUCUGGCCACUCUGAAGUUGACCAUCCUCUUUGUGAGGAGUGUACAGACUCUCUCCUUGACCAGUUAGAUCAACAGCUGAAGGUCACAGAGGAUGAAUGUAAAGCUUACAGAGAUUUUCUUGAAGAGCUUGGCACUGGAGGUGAGAAAGUGGAUGAGGAGGCUCUAGACAAGGACCUUGACCAGCUAAGGGCUGAGGCUAAAGCUCUAGGACAACAACUUGAGAGUAUAGAAGUGGAGAAUUCACAUAUACAAGAGGAACUAAAAAAAGAAAAGAAAGAAGCCCAAAGAUUAGACAAAGAAGAAGAAAAAUAUUAUAAAGAAUACAACGAAUAUAAACGACAGUUACUGGAGUAUGAAGAUGCACAAAAAAGUGUUGAUAACCAACUGCGCUAUGCUGAGGCUCAACUUGACAAGUUAAAGAAGACAAAUGUGUUUAACGCUACAUUCCAUAUAUGGCAUAGUGGCCACUUUGGUACGAUAAACAACUUCAGACUAGGCAGGCUUCCUAGUGUACCAGUUGAGUGGAAUGAGAUUAAUGCUGCAUGGGGGCAGACAGUGCUACUGCUACAUUCACUAGCCAACAAGAUGAACCUGACAUUUCAAAGAUAUCGCCUGGUGCCAUAUGGAAACCAUUCGUUCCUGGAAUCCCUGAGUGACAAGUCUAAGGAGCUCCCUCUAUAUGGCUCUGGAGGAUUUCGCUUUUUCUGGGAUUCAAAAUUUGACCAGGCUAUGGCUGCAUUCUUAGACUGCCUCCAGCAAUUCAAGGAGGAGGUGGAAAAAGGAGACACUGGAUUCUGUUUGCCUUACAAGAUGCAUAAUGGAAAAGUUGAGGAUUCUAGUACAGGUGUCUCAUAUUCAAUUAAGAUCCAGUUCAACUCUGAGGAACAAUGGACCAAGGCAUUAAAGUUCAUGCUAACUAACCUGAAGUGGGGCCUGGCAUGGGUGUCUUCUCAAUUCACAAAUAAAUAAACACCAGUCCCAGACAAGAGUAAAGAUUCCAUUAUGGUUGAAUUUAGCUAAAGGCAAUUAUAUUUGCUUGCCCAUGGUAUUUUUCAUCAAGUCUCUGGACCAACCCAUUUCUUGUACCUUGUGAAGAUAAGGUGUGUAGGAGUACAGAGGUGUCACAAGGCCUUCAAGCUAGACUAGUCCAUAAGUCAACCCAACAUAACACUUCAGAUAUCCAUGAUGUUGUCUACUCCAUUAAACAGUGCAGCAGUUAUUUAAUUUCUACAUAAUCCAUUUUAUUUCUCCUACACCACUGUCAAAAAAUAUAGUUCCCAAAAAACGAUUUUCUCCAUUUUAAUCCAAGAUGAAUAUCAUGGGAGCGUUUUCCAAAUUUUGAAAAUAGGACAAUAUGAUUUCGCAUUUGGAUCAACAGCUCACAACAUGUAACUUCAUACUUUUAUUAUACACAAACUGUCAAUGGUCUGUAACUCGUUUAAUCUUUAAUGGAAG